AUGUCUACUGACCCCAGCAUCUUUCCCAAUGCCGCUAUGAUAUUUUAUCAGAUUUUCCCAAGACUGCCGAAGGUCGUGUUUACCAUCUUGGCAUUCGAACGGGCGAACUUGCAAGUCGAAUCGUCGAUAACAGUCGGUGACCCGGCGAGAGCAAGGACGAUUGCGAAAUACCUGGACCACCCACCUCCAACUGUCGAGACAGAGAACCCCAUCAACCCAUCUCUCUUCGAACUCUAUUCAGAAAGGGGCUUCCUUACUCUUACCGGUACAUAUAAAUCGGUACCUGUCAGCAUAGUUAGUAUUGGAAUGGGAGCGCCCAAUAUGGACUUUUUCGUUCGCGAAGCGAGGGAGGUAUUGGACGAAUCAGGAGAGAAGAAUAUGGUAGUGAUCAGAUUUGGAUCUUGUGGUGGCCUGGUAUCUGAUCUUCCUGUCGGCUCCUUGACGGUUCCCAAAGCCGCGGUUGCGAUUACGAGAAACUACGACUAUGAUUUCUUAGGAAAAGAGGCUUCGGAGGAUUCACGGGAGUUCCUUGAUGCGUAUCGGAUCUCAAAGCCGUUGAUCUCUACGCUACGAGAAACUCUACCGUCCCACGUCGUGGUCAACGGUGACUAUUUGAACGCAUCCGCCGACAGCUUCUACUCUUCUCAAGGACGUAUUACAUCAUUUCCCGAUCACAAUGAGAAUUUGAUUGAUCACUUGGUCGAAAGUGGUGUUGGGUCGCUCGAGACCAACGGCUACACUUCUGGGGAAGAAGAAUCCGCGGCCCCACCACCACCGACGAAUGUACCGGUAGAGCCAUUUAUUCUACCAUCCACUGCUCUCUCUGCAGGGUCCGAUGCAGAGGAAACCAUUUUAUAUCCGAAUGCGCAGUCCCGUGCUGCUUCGAACUCCAUUCAGACUUCUACAAAUGGGGUGCAGGGUAGGAUUAUAGCAGCGGCAGUGCAAAUGAUCUUUGCAGAAAGGUCAUCUCGGGCGUUCAUAUCGCCGCAGGAAGUGGAAAUAAUGCAGGAAGGGACGGCUAAAGGUCUAUUGGAGACCCUAGCAACUAUUCUGGAUUCGUGGAGGUUUUUGGGUGGUUCAGGAGGAGAGGAGGAAAGUGAUGGUCGGAAGAGGGGUAUCACCAACACGAACAGUGUGAAUCCUAAAUUGUGUAAAUGUUUACGUAUUCGGAAACUCGUUCCUGGUCAAGGUGGAGUUCAAGUUUAUUCGGGCGGCCGCAGGUUGCCGCAAGUGAAAUUUAAGCUUGCACCUGGCCAUUCGGCGAUUUGGAUGAAAAUGAAGCCAGUAUCACUCACUUUUCUGGGCACAUGUUCUGGUGGAGGACCUCUCAUAUCUCGAGCAUGCACUUCAACUGCCUUAAACAUGGAGAGCGCGACAUGGCGUACGUCACAAUAUCUAGUGCGAGCAUGA